GAUAACUGUGUAAACUGUCAAGUCUCCGAAAUCUUUUGUAUUUUCCUGUAAAAUCUGUCUGGAAUCUCUGAUGAGCGCUAUGAUACAUGAACUAGGAAACCGAUAAGAAGAGUAAAAAGGGUAGCUGGAAAUCUUGAAAAAUGGCGAAUCAGUCCUCCUCCUCCUCCACAUAUCCGAUCCUCUGCGCCUCCUUCAAUCAGGAUAACAGUUGUUUUGCGAUUGGGACGAGGGAUGGGUUCAAAAUAUUUGAUUCCAAUACAGGAAGGCUAUGUUAUGAACGAGCUAUCGGAGCAUUCAUCAUCGUAGAGAUGCUCUAUUCUUCAAGCCUUCUUGCCAUUGUGGGAGCUGGGGAACAGCCAUCAUUGUCACCACGUCGUCUUUGUUUAUUCAAUACUACAACUGGGACUGCCCUUCGAGAGCUGAAUUUCUUGACUUCAGUCCUUGCUGUUUGUAUAAACAAGAAAAGAUUGAUUGUUGUUUUGCAAGAAAAGACAUACGUAUAUGACAUAAACAGUCUCGCUAUCUUGGACACAAUAGAUACUGUGCCAAAUUUAAAAGGACUUUGUGCAUUUUCCCCAAGUUUGGAUGGUUGCUUCUUGGCUCUUCCAGCAAGUACUGCAAAAGGAUCUGUGUUAGUCUACAAUGUCAUGGAACUCCAUUCUCACUGCGAGAUAGAUGCUCAUCGCUCACCACUGGCUGCAAUGGUUCUUUCUUCAAAUGGGAUGUACAUUGCAACAGCAUCUGAACAGGGAACCAUAAUCAGAGUUCACCUAGUUUCAGAAGCGACUAAGUCUUAUAACUUCCGAAGGGGAACAUACCCAUCAACUAUAUUUUCAUUGUCAUUCGGGCCAUCCAUGCAACAUCCAGAUACUCUUGUAGCCACAAGCUCUUCAGGUUCUGUUCAUGCUUUUUCUCUGGGAUUCAAUAUAAACCAAAGAAGCAGAAGAUCUACUGGUAUCCUCGGAUCGAUAAUGCCGGAAUCAGUUAAUGAUGCCUUGGAUCCAGCUCAUCAUCAUGUACUCCAUAAUGGUUUUCCAGCGGGAGUGAAAAGUUAUGCAGUGAUUCGCAAGGUUGAUAAAGUUGCUGACUCUAUAGCUGAAUCUGUGGCAUGUAGGGCCACUGUAUCCAUAAUCACUUCCAGUGGUUACUUCCUGGAGUAUACCUUAAGCAUCAACCAUCAGAAUGAAUCCUCGUGGAUAUUGGAGCGUGAAUUCAAUCUUUUGACAGUGAUCUCUGAGGGAACCAUCAACUCAUGAAUGACAUGAAUCAUCUCGUUUCUUGGCCUCAAAACUUGUCGUUAAGGGACUUCUCAAAUAUGCAACAUUUUCUUGGAGGUUGGGAACGUUGAUGUUCCUUAACUAUUUACAGACAUAAGAGAAAACACUGGUACAAUAAGGACGAUGAAGCUGUCUACGGGAUGGAUUCAGCCUUCGGGCAUAUAGUUUAGUAAAGCAAGGGAUGACAAUUGCACAUUGUUGCAUUCAAUAUGUCGCAUAUGUAUACAUUCACGUAGGUAUUCACUUCCGUUGAGCUAUGUAAAAGAAUGACAUCAGAAGAAUCAUACAAAGAAGGGAUGUGUGCUUUAUAGAUAUACAUAUCGUGAAAUAUAGGCAUCAUCCGUGUAUGGAUUUCUGUAUAUGCUUGGGCUGUAGUCUUUGUUUGCUGAUUUUGA